GGUUGACUGACUGGCUGGGGGCCCAACAACCUGAUUGCUCAGAACAUUUUACAUCAGCAGCCGUGCUGCCAUGGAAACAAAGCCCACAACCUGGCAGGAGCAAGGUCUUUUCACUUCUCUAGUUGAGAUGCAGGGUGAAGAGGGCACAAGCGUGGGCCACAAUGUUUCUCUACAAGAGAGAAAAGCCCCCAAGGCAAUGCCUGAGGAGGACUUAGAAGCCCCGGAGCUUGGAGUCAAACUUGAAGCUCCGCUGGAAUGUCAGAGAAUCAAGAUAAUAGAAAUGGUUGAUGUAAUCAAAAUUGAAAAUCAGAAAUCCACAGAUAUUACUCAGUGGCCUACGAGAGAGACACAAGAAGCUAUGACAGAAUUGGGAGGAAGGCCUAAAAAGUUCUCAGAUGCACAGGAGGAACCUAAAGAAGAAGAUAAUUUCUGUGAGAAGGAUUUUCCGCCUCCACUGCCGCUCAGUGCCUUAUCAGCAGCAGAGUGUGGUGAGAAAGAAGGGGUUUCCAGCCUGGAGGGUGAGGUGGGGGAGUGGAUCAGUGAAGCUGAACCAACUGAAGUCACUCAAGAAUGCGCAAAAACACCCAAACUUCUUGAGCCAGCUCAUCAGGAUGCAGACAUAACAUCACAGUUGAAUUCAACAGCACUAAUGAAUGCAGGUGACAUUAGAAGCAAUAAAACUGAAACUUCUGGAUCUCAGUCUGCCCGGCGCUGUCUUUCUGACAUGAACAGCUCAGAUGACAGAAACACUCUGAACUCUCCUCCUUUUGCUGAUGAAAGUGAAGAAGAAGAGGGAACAGGUGGAGAUGUAACAACUCAGCACCAAUCUGCUCCAUGUGAGAUGAGCUGCGUGGGUUUCCAACCUUCAUGUUCCAAUCAUGAAGAAACAGACUCAGUCCUGCCUGCAAAUGAUUCAGUCAGACAGGAGGAGGCAGUGUUGCCACAAAGUCAGUCUGAGCUCCGUCCCAGGAGAUUAAACCAGGAAGCUGCACAACAGGUGUUUGGCCAGGGAUCUCCACCUGGUUCGGCUGUUGCCAUGGAGCUGGCCAAUCAGGGAGGGGAAGCCUCUCAAGGCCAUAGUUGCGUUGCAGCUGCAAGAGAAAGGAGCAGCAGGGUGUGGGAGAGGACAGAGGGUGAAAAUGAGCUAACAGGUGGAGUGAAAGGGCAGAAUAAGAGUAGAGUUGAAAAGAGCAAGACGGCUGUGAGGUCACAGAGCAGAGGGCUGUUCAGGUAUCUCCAGGCAGUCCAAACACAAGAGUCUAAGGCGGAAAACAGCUGUGGUAUAUCUUCUAAAGCCAACAGAGACACCAGGAUGAGGACUGACACGUAUGAGGAUAGCCAGAGUGACAGCGGAGUGUCAGCAGACUCCCACUCAGACAUAACACGGAACAGCAGCACCAGCAUGUCUGCAGACUCUCCGGGCCCUGUCUCCUCAGAGACCCCCAUCGAGAGGGAGAUCAGACGGGCAAUAGAGCGCGAGCAAAGCCUGAGAAGAUCCAGAGGACUUCCAAACCAACGCACCUCUCCAGAAUACGUAGAAGUUCCUUCCAGAAAAAGUCUUAGCGUGUCCUCCACUCCCAAGUGGUCCCAGAACAAGGACAGGGAAUUUGCAGGCAAAAAGAUGCAGCACGAGAUUCACGAAGAGACUCGGAGGGAGCAAGACCUGGUCAAGAUUGGGAAAAUUCCUGGCUUCUAUGACAAAGGCACCGUCCGCCAAAUAAAAGAGAGGAAGCAACUCUUUGAGACCCUGCAGAUAUGUCCAGAAUCGCCAUUGACAGUCUCACCUAAAAGUAAGACCCCAUCCGAGUCAUCUGGUAGCAGUGACGAUUUGAACUUAAUUUUGGAGAGUCAAGAUGAAUCUGGGACAUCCACCCCAGAACAUACCACCUACAUGGAGAGAAAACCCAUUACGGUCAAUACCUCACAGAACCAAACAUCUGCCAAAGGUUUAGAUCGCUCUGGUCUCAGAGGACCAAAGCUCUCAGAGGGGACUGGCUGUCAAAUCAUCAUCAUAGAAAAUAGCCGAACCAUUCCAGCACAGAAACACUCCAAAGCCAAAGCAGAGGCAAAGGCCAGUCCAGCUCUUGAAACUGGAAAGGAUUUCAACUCAACAGAAAAGACAAGAAGCUAUGACGGGCUGAUGAAGGCAAAGAAGGAACAGGAGGAGAAAGAGAUCUCAGCGUCCAAGGAGAACCCUUUUUUCAAGCUCCGUUCCUCAGCUAAUUUAGAUAAAGUGAGGCAGGAUAUCCAAGAGACCAAAGACAGGGAGAAGGAGCUUCACACCUUGCGGCUCAGCCUGUAUGGGGGAAUCAAUGGUACUGAAUCCCUCUCAAAAAAAGAAAUCCCAGCUGCCAGUCCGCUUCCCAAUGGUAGCAGUGGAUUAUAUGAAGGAAGACAGACAGCAGACCAGGUGUCUGUGCGACCGCUUGUCCAGAGUGAAGAGGAAAAGAUUUUCAACCCAGAGAUUCGCAAGAGUCCCAGAACUCCAAGACAAAAGAAUCCUCUAGUGCAGCUGUGGGAGUCGGGCCUGAUCAACAACUACAACCUGGAAGACGACUGAGGAUCAGGGAGGGUUUACAGAGACCUACAUUUUCUUUAAUUAUGGGGUGAAAUCAAAACAGAAAUGAUCAGUGUGAAGACGGAGGAAACAUGAAACAGGAGGCAGCAGCAUCAAUGAUGAAAAAGAAGUAACAUAAAGCAAAUCAGAAAGACGUCGAGGAUUAAGGCAAGAAAAUGGGGCCAGGCAGACUGGGAGCAAGACAAAUGGCAGUAGAAGGAAAACGCUGCCUUUUUCUUCAGAUGACAGGAGAGAAGAAAGACUGUGAGACAGGCCACUGUGUUGCCUGCUGGCCUGCUUAUGAUGCUGCAAAGACAAAAGACAAAACAAUAUCGUCAAGGAAAAAAUGAAGAUGACAACUAAUGCAAUAGAGACCAAACAAAUUCUAAGAAAGCAAAUGUUAAAUCAUGCUGAAGUUCUUUUUAUUUUGAUUUUCUUAAGUAAUAAUAAAGUAUAACAUUUUGGUUUGAAAAGUUAGAAUUGUUAAUUUUCUGAAUAAUGUACAAGGAAACUGUAUUUAUAACAAAUUCCAUGGAAAUACUUAAAAAAUGAAACAAAUGCUUUUUUCAUGUUUCUUUUUUUCUCUGUUAAAAGAAACUAUUUGUUUUAUCAUCUAACAAAACAAAUCGUGAAUAUGUCUUCCAGUAUAAUGGGUGCAUGCUUGUUUGGUGUCGCUUGUGAUCUUUGAGCGAAUCAAAAAAAAGAGGAAAAGAGGACAUCAAUAUGGAGAUAACCAACUCCUUCCGUUCCUAUUCCCUAAACAACAAUUACCGCCUUUUCAUCAGAGCUGCAAGUGUCUUUACAAAACAAUCGACACCAUAGAAAACACAAACAAUUCUUCAGCUUUAUUAUUAUUCACCUCUGAUUGAACAAAAAGCUCCUCAUACGUGUGUUGAGCAGGAUGAGGUCGACUUUUUGUUUCCUUUGAUUUAGCAGCUUACUUCUUCUGUUUCUCACAAUUUCAUAUUUAGGUUUAAGCACAUAGUAUAUGAGAGGACAUUAAAAUUGUUUGAUAGAGGAUCAGGUUAGGUCUGGGUCAUCGUUGCAUAGAAGAAGAAUCCAUAUUUAUCAUUUUCAGCGUCUAUGGAGUAUUAACCAAUGCCUUUGUAUUCUCUAAAUGUUGAGGGUGUAUAUACAUAUUUGAACAUCUUUGGUGCAUGUGAUGGGAAGAGGAUCAACAACCACAAUUAUUUAUGAGACAUCACAUCUAACAUGUAAACACUGGUUGGACAAUACAGCCAGUGAUUAUCCAACUGGUUGGUUUCAAACCAAACCAAAUAAAUUUUGGUUUGAAACAAACCAAACCUUAUUGCUGUUUCCAGAUGAAAGUAAUUUUUUUACAUGCUGUAAUAGUAAAGUUGAAAUGGCACCAGACUUGUUAUGAAACGGAUCACAUUUUGCUUGUAAAACGUGCACAGCUGUAGCAUAUACUGUAUGUGUUAUGUUUCAGAAUGAAGCUAAAGCUGGAGUGAAACUGUAUCAGUCCGGCUCUCUUCGGAUAUAUCUUCUAUCAACAGAGUUACCACGGAGGUCAGGAAAUCUUUGUCCACAACAGAAAUGAGAAACACCCUCUGCAGAGCUGUGUGCUUUAUGCUGGGUUUCACUGUGGUCAAAGAUGUGUCACCGUGGGUACAGUUUUGGUGGAAACCCCCGCUGGGCCUUUCUUUGUUUACGUUUGCAUGAAGACGAGACGAGGGCAUGCUUUUGUGACCUCCCAGUGUCCUGUGAAUAAUUCAUGCCCUCAUUCGGACUGGACACAGCCCAGUGAUAUUUCCUGUAAAGUUUUAUGGUGGCACCAAAGCAUCUAUAGAAACAAACCUCUUUCUGAGGCUCUUGCACAGCUAUGAUGAAUACAUUCAAAAAGAAACAGCAGCGAAAGCCUUGGAGAGAAACUCAUCAAUGUUCAAAGCUCAACAUGCUUAUUGUUAGGUUACAUCAAAACAAUGCCAGUUCAACAUCAAAGAUAAUUUUCUUCUGAAUUUGCAACCUAGCCAUCUUAUCGCUGCGUUCGGUAUCUAAUCUGGCAGCUUUCCAGCCCCAAAAUAAAUGCACGCACCUAUCUUCUGCUCAGCUCAUUUCCAUGAUAUUUAAUUAUCACCACUAUCACUGAAUUCCAAACGCCUGCUGGCAUAAAGUCAUUGGAGCAACAUUGUGUGAGAGUCAAUCCUGAGCCUCUGAUGCAACAAUAUAUCUUUGCCAAGAGGGAGUGAAAAUUUUAUGAAGACUGCGCCACAAUUUGUAGUUUAUUGUUCACAUGCCAGUAAUUUUAUGAAGGACAGGAAGAACUUAUAUAUUAAUAUCCAAGGUUAAUUCUUUAUUCAUGGGACAAGCUAUGUGUUUCCAACAAGACAAUUUCUGGUAGCACAAACAACGGGGUGGAAAUUUAAAUUGUCUUAUACCGGCUUGGUUCCAAACCCCUCCUCCGGAAAAAAAAAUCGCUUUAAAUUUGUUUAUUGGAAAGUUAGAUUUAUCUAUUCUUAAUUCUACAUGUCCUGCUAUCAGCAAUUUGUGAUCCCAUUUUGCCCUCUCCUACUUCAUUUGUGUACUCAAUUUUAUAGCAAACCAUUCAUUACCGAUAUCCUUAAGAAAAUGUAUGUUAGUUUGAUUUAUUUGUAGCUAAGUAUUUUCUAAGUCCAGUUAAUUAAAAAUCUUAUUUGAAA